UAUGAAACUAGAGUCUCUUGUAUUACUUAUUCCGGUCAUGUAAAUGAAUAUAUGUACUUGUAUCACUACGAAUAUUUCAAAAAUGGGGAUGGAAUAUUUUAAGUUGCUUCAUAAUUACUCAAAACCUUACUAUGAUUUCAACAUCAGUGAAACUACAAGGACAGAGUUAUUCUUGUGAUAAAAAGGGGUUUUUAAUUCCGUCGUAUAAAUUAUGCAGCAUGAAAGCAAUGCCAGUAAUGUGGAACAUCUAAAAACGUUUGAUGUGAGCUCUUCAGAAAUGAGAUCAGCUAGCAUGCAUGAAAUUGUAAACAGUUGUUCUUCUAUUCAGAGUGAUCGAAUUACAAGAUAUGCAAGCCCGAAUCGGUUUGAUAUUCGUGAUGCCCCAAGAAGUUUUUUAGAUUCUUACAGGGCUUACAGGUAUCCACAAAACCACGGGGUUAAUUUAAACAGAUCGAAACUCCGUUCAACAAUGCCAACAAGUUUUUCUUCGUAUGCAGUUCCUUCACUGAAUGAGGUUACAUCUUCCAUGUCUACCUCCAAAUCUCUUGAUAUAAAUGUCGUCAAGAAUCAAGAAGAACUGCCUUUUCAAGGUGGUGAUAGAUGCUGUGAUAAAUAUAUAUCAUCCGUACGUGCCAAAGAAGUGUCUACUAGAAAUCAACCUGUGGGCUAUGACCUUUGAACCAUAUUUUACGAUAAUCUGGCGUCUGUCAAGAAAAUAUUUAAAAUUAGAGAGCACUGAACAAUGGAUUCCUUGUAGUUUCCAACUAUUUAACAAUGCUCAUUCAUUACCCCCCCCCACAUAUACAGGCGUGAACCUUAUAAACUUCAUGUUUUGAGGCCAAUGAAAUAACCUAAUACGACAGAGCAUAAUUGUUAACUCUUUUCUUGCCUUAUCAAUUUGUAACCCUAAUCAAUGUCUUCUAUUAAUACACCAAUAUCUCAUUCCUAAAAAUUGAUUACUUUCGCAGAUUGCCGCUUUCUAGAUUGACAUCAUUUCUUGAUGAAAACUAAAUUUAAUUUUUAUAUAUCUUCACAAUCAAUAUGAUGAAAAAUAUAAAUAUUUUCC